AUUUUUCGCACGCCAUUGUGUGCGGAAGUCACUCUAUCAUUUUGUAUUACAAAAAUCACAGUUUUAGAACAACUUAAAUCAAAAUUUAACCGUCAAAAUAGCGUUGUUAAUCAAUAAUGGGUCUACCAGGUGGCAUACCGGAGGCUGAGCUGCCUCAGUGUUGGUCUGACGAUGUACGGAUGAAUGCAUUAUUUGCACCGUUCAGGAUUAAGGCCGCGAAUCCCGAAUCCUGGGAUAUGAAGAUGAAAUUUUGGUCUGAUAUGCUGCGACAGUGGUGCAGAAGUAGGAAGGAACCUAUAGUGUCUGCUGCGGAUGCCAAAAAUGCCUUCAAUCGUAAGGGACGGACUCCCGCUUGUCUCGACAUCGUUGUCGAAGAAAUGUAUCGCAACGGAGAUCUAUGUCCCUUAUCAAAGUACCAGCAAAUCCUCCACAAUGGGCCCGAAGGAUGGGUCAAGUGGGGUGCUCGGCUGGCUUUCAAGCCUGCAGCCCUAGCGCUGACUGCUGUAGCUUCAUUUAUGCCGAAUAGACAAGCUGUGGACAAUGAUGGGUUACCGAAAGCCAGUAUUGAUUCAACACAAAGAUUUGUGCUGGAGAGUGCUAUUAAAGAGCAAGCAACGGAACUCCUCCAGAAAUAUCCCCCCGGUGUGGAACGUAUGGGCACCAUCGAAGAACUGAUCCGCAACUGUGAGUGGACGCAUAGCAGGGAGACAUUCGAACUGCUUCUCGGGUACCUGGUGUCUCAAGGAGCUGCUGUCAAGAAGGGUGAUGUUGUGAAAUUGGCUGAACCGGACAAGAAAGUGUCACCAGUCACUGAAACGGAUGAAGCGCUUGUCAAGUUGAUGUGUGCGGAGACUCGGUUGGAGGGCGAAGCCCUGCGGAUGGCGAGAGACGUCGCCAUGGCGCAGGCUGACGCCAAAGCAGCGCUGAAUGUCGGGAAUAAACUGGCUGCCAAGAACCAUCUACGCCGCAAACACAAAACGAAUUUACGUCUAGAACGUUGCAGUAACGCGCUCGAGAACGUGAGACAGUUGCUGCAACAGAUGCGAGACGUACACGUCAAUGUGGCCAUCGUUGAUACAUACAGAACCAGUUCAGACGCGAUGAAACGCAACUUGCAGGAUAAUGCGUUGGAUGAGGAUGCCGUCCACGACACUAUGGAUGAUUUGAAAGAAGUAAUGGAUCAAUACAGCGAGGUAGAAAAGGUGCUGGGCACCAACGUUGACGACUUUGAUGCGGCCGAGCUGGAGGAGGAACUGGCAGAACUCUUGGCCGGACCCGGGGCACCUGGUGGUGGCACUCCCGGCAAGGAGGAGAGGAAAGAUGCUCCAAAACUCCCGUCUCCACCGUCGACCAUACCGAGACGGAAAAUAUCGGAACGGGAUUUCGUUUUCGAUGGUGAAGAGCGAAUGCUGGCAGAGCUGAACGAGCUUGGACUAGACGACGCCAGCCCAAAGGUCAAAGAGAGGAGGGAGAGGAUCGCCGUCGCUGAAGGAGAUGCACCACAGCCGAAACCUUCACCGAAAGUCACGAAAGUCACAAAGGAGAAGCCUUCAAAACCCUGGUACCCACCCUCGGGGGAGUGUCUCCGAGACCCCGUGUGGGCUUCUAACAACAACGAAAGGUUGACAGACAUCGCUGGCAGCUUUGGAGAGCUCAGACAGGAUGAUAGGUUACAUCCAGGGCAACAGUUGAACGUGGACUUCACGCGCGCCCCUCGACUCUACGGAUCGGACUUCCAAGUCCGGGACCACAAACUACGCGCCGGCGUUUGGAUCUACAACAAGGACCCGAACGACAAUUUAGACAGCUCCUUAGCUGCUAGCACUGAUUAUUAUAGCACGGAAAGUCCGGGCAAGUCAACGGCACCUACCGGCUUUCAAAUGGCGCCCGGCGGCGAAAGACGAAAGUCCACAACAGAGAACACACACAAAGACCCAGUAGACGAUCUACAGAGAAGACUGGACAACCUCCGCGGCUUCAAUUUAUAAUAUUAAGCCUGCCCAAAAGGUAUUUAUUAAGGAACACCCUCGAAGUUGCCGUUUCGCCCGCUAAAUUGCCGGUUGAAACGGCACUUUUGUAGUUAGACGUAAAAGAUUUUUUUGAAUUGUGUAGAUUUGAGCUAGACAGACAUUAUAGUAACUAUUGUGAACCGAAAAUAACG